AUGUUGCGGCACGGAUGCGGUACUGGGUGCGGCAGACAUGUCCCUGGUGCAGCUAAACGAAUUAUCAAUCGGCUGAACUGUGCUACAUAUGCACAUGCUUGCACUAUCGUAGUUUCGAAGCGCAAGAAAAACUUACUCCAGGAGCCAGCCCAAAAUAUCCUCAUUGAACUUCCUACUCCCGAAGAGCAAGAAAACACGAUGCUCCAGGCUGCCUGGCUUGACCUCCAACUCAGCUAUGAUCUGACCUCGAUGGAUAUAGACAUCGACUUGGAGUGUCUUGGCAUACUGAGAAGCAGAUCUGCAGGAAAUGAACAAUGGGAAAAAGACGCUGGUGCACACCAAGACCGAUGGAAUCCCUAUGAGGGCCUCCCUGAGCACUGGAAUCAUGGCGACCGGGAUUCAUACGCACCAGAAUUUGAAGGAGAAGUAGACGUGCGUCAUCAUCGCUUUUCAUCGCGGAUCAGUCUGACAUGGUUCGACUAACAAAAAAACCAAACCGCGGCCACGACCAAGGAAGAUACACAAGGCUUCAUAGGCUGGGGCCUCGUAG